AUGGUAAAUGAAUCGCACCGUUUGGAAAUGACGGGAGUCGGGAACUGUUUACGACGAGGUGAGGCGAUCGGAUCGGUGGGGACGUCGUCCGACUCGCAGCCGCCGUCGAUCGCCUUUCGACUCGUCGCCGCCUGCCGCCUGGCUAUCGUCGGCGUUGUGUUUAUUCUGCCCGACGUUGACGACCGCCUUUAUCCGGGCGUGACGAAGGCAAACUGUGCGGAUAAUCGCCUCCGCAACGAUCAUCGUGAAGCCCCUUCGCCAUCGCCAUCGGCGCUAAUGAAAAAGUUUGGACGAGGACUGACGAUGAGGUGGUCGUCGGCGGAGGCUGAGGACGGCGCGACGAGGCAUCGACGACCAGCCGUACGACUUCGUCUGCCAUCGUUGAUCGGUAACCUGGCUUCGUCUGAACCGACUCCGUUGACGAACCUGUCUCAUGGAGCCCCGAAGAGCCAGCGGCCAGCGCCGUCCCGUCGAACAUAA